CUUCUUUUGCACUUUCUUCUCUAAAAAUUAAAAGAUAGUACUAUGACCAACAAUACCAACACACCGAAAAAGCUUUGGGGAGGUCGAUUUUCUGGAGCUGUGGAUCCUCUCAUGGACGAAUUUAAUGCUUCUAUCAAAUUCGACAAGUGCAUGUAUGAAGCCGACUGCAUUGGAUCUAUUGCUUAUGCCAAAGCUCUUGCCAAGAAUAACAUUCUCACUGAACAUGAACGUGACGAACUGGUUCGUGGUUUAACUCAAGUCAUGGAAGAGUGGUCUCAGGGACAAUUCAAGAUACAGCCUGGUGAUGAAGAUAUACAUACAGCCAACGAACGUCGUCUAGGAGAGAUCAUCGGCACCCAUAUUGCUGGAAAGUUGCAUACAGGUCGUUCUCGAAAUGAUCAAGUAGCCACGGAUAUGCGACUUUGGUUGCGUGAAACCGCCACUCAAUUGUUGGCCCAUCUGAAGGAAUUAAUUGCUGUUGUAAUAGCUCGUGCCGAAAAGGAAAUAGACGUGAUUAUGCCUGGUUAUACCCAUUUACAACGAGCACAACCCAUCCGAUGGUCUCACUUCUUAUGUUCCUAUGCUUGGUCCUUGCAAUCAGAUGCCCAAAGGUUAGAGCAGUUACUUGAUCGUUUGAACGUCUUACCAUUGGGUUGUGGUGCUUUAGCAGGUCAUGCUUUCAAAAUAGACCGUGAAUUUUUGGCGAAAGAAUUAGGAUUCCGCGAUAUUAUUCAUAAUUCGAUGUAUGCGGUGAGCGAUCGUGAUUUCAUUGCAGAGUUUUUGUUCUGGGCCAACAUGACCAUGGUUCAUAUCUCUCGUCUCUCUGAAGAUUUGAUUAUCUAUUCUACAAGUGAGUUUGGAUUUGUCAAAUUGGCAGAUGCAUACAGUACAGGGUCUAGUUUGAUGCCUCAAAAGAAAAACCCUGAUAGCUUAGAAUUAUUGCGUGGUAAAUGCGGAACUGUUUUUGGUGAUAUGACUGGGUUUAUGUGUAUGUAUUCAAAGCUUCCCAGCACUUACAACAAAGAUCUGCAAGAAGACAAAGUGCCUAUGUUUGAUGCUGCACACAUUUUGUCGGGCUCAUUGCAAAUCACAGCUGGUGUUGUCAAUACCAUGCAAAUUUUCCCAGAAAAGAUGCGUGCUAGUUUAAGUGCAGACUUGUUGGCAACGGAUCUGGCAGAAUAUCUAGUUAGAAAGGGUGUGCCAUUCCGUGAAACGCAUCAUAUCUCUGGUGCUGCUGUAAAAAUGGCAGAAGAUCAAAACUCUUCUAUAAGCGAACUUACACUUGACGAUCUCAAAUCAAUUCAUUCGUCUUUCGAAGAAGAUGUGAAGUCCGUUUGGAACUUUGAGACCUCAAUCGAAAAUCGUGAUACACCCGGCGGUACAGCAAAAUCUUCCGUAUUGAAGCAGAUUCAACUCUUAAAGACCUGGCUCUCAUCUACCAAACAUCAUUAAACAUUGAGCAUGUGAACCACAAAGUGCUGUAAAAUUACUCCCUCAGAAAGCAUAAC